AUGAACGGGGAUAUUACUCUUCAGCGGGAUUCGACCGCUGAAGACUCUCGGAUUGAACCCCCUCGAAGGGAUGGACCCUCCACUUCCCCCGGAGAACCCGAACUUGACGAUUUCGGACUGCCCAAAAAGCCCGUGAGCGCAGCAUCACCUCUUGAUCCGGAUGACAGCGAUGAUGACAGCGAUGCCUUUCACGAUGCUGAACCCACCACCGAAGACCGAAACCCUGGCUUGGAGAAGAGUCACCCGGAAAAUGGCAAUGGCGUCACGGGUGAGGAAGAAAGGGCAGGGGUUGUUGAAGGUGAUACCAGUCAGGCAGCCAAGUCUGCACCCGAUGAAGACGAGGGGUCAAGAGCGGAAGAAUCGGUGCCUACACAAGUAACCAGUAUGGAAGACAAGUCUUUUCAGCAUGAGAACGGCGCGCUUCCUGUGGCACCCAACCUAGCCACUAGUGAAAUCGGCAUAGGCUCACAGAACGCUGCAGAAGGGGAUACUGCUGCAUCCCCGAACAAGCCAGGCACCGCUCCGUCAAUCCCCGUUCCCAAGCGUGAAAUCAAACCAGAAGAGCCAGCAGUAUCUUCAUGGUCCCACCAAAGACAGCUAGCUACGGCAACAUCUCCAACUGCUGAGGAUGAGGAGGAGGAGGAAGAGGAGGAGGAGUGGCAGGCCAUGCCGGCUCUUGACGAGUUCGAUAUCUACGAUGAUAAUGGGAGAAUCGUUGCAAAAGGCAACAGACAGACUGAGCAAGAGAGUAAUGCCUAUAGUGGAUUAGGGGGCGCAGGCAAAGGGUAUACAAAGUUACAGCUUGACGAAGAUGCACAAUCUGCCACGAGCAUGGAUGAAGAUACCAAUUAUCUAUUUCAAAAUGGAGAGAAACCAAAGCAGAUCGGCGACGAAGACGAGGACGAGGACGAACAACGAGAUGCCCUUACACAGUUGCAGGCUACCAAGGACCUCUUGACUGAAGGACAACGGAUCGCUUACGUGGGUGUGGUUCGUCUGACCAUUCACAAGAUGUUCAACGCCUUGGGCAAUCUGGAGAGAACCAGGAGCAUAAGGAGCGAAAUAAUGAAGUCUAUCGAAAGCAUGGAUAUGUGGGGCCAGACCAUAAUGCUUCGGUUGUACGCUCAUAUGGACAUUGACCCAGCUGAGCAGAUCAUGAUUGAACAACUUGCGGAACAUGGUGUCGAGCCCUCUGACCUGGUUACCCCCUUGAUGAUUAAUGCGAAAAUAGCCAAUCCUAUGGCAGACGAUCGGAAAUCUGGAGACUUGAAACCAGCUUCGAUACAAACCAGAAACUCGACGACUUCAAGAACAUCAAUUACAAGCGGCGACAGCAAACAAACGGAAGAGGCUGACAAAGGUGAAGAAGUGCCAGAGGUACAUGGGCCUGAGGACAUGCCCCAUUCGAAACAAAUAGAGCUUGAUUUACGCUGGACUGUUCUCUGCGAUCUCUUCCUCGUGCUUAUAUCAGGUAGCGACUAUGACGCUCGAUCUCGGCGACUUCUCGAGAGAGUUGGCUCGGCUAUGCAGAUCACUUGGGUACAAAUCUGUCGGUUCGAGAAAAGGGUCAUUGAUGCUUUGGAAAUGCAAGAAGACGAACACAAGGAGAAUUGGGAUGAGUCCGAAAAUCUAGAAAAGAGACGCAAAUUGGGCCUGAAACGAAAAUACAUGUAUAUGGGACUCGCUACUGUGGGGGGCGGGCUCGUCAUAGGAUUGUCCGCAGGACUCCUUGCUCCUGUGAUCGGCGCGGGCCUUGCUGCCGGUUUUACGACAAUUGGUGUGACAGGGACCGCGGGUUUCUUGGGAGGCGUUGGUGGUGCGGCUCUGAUCACUUCUGCCGCCACUGCAGCUGGCGGCACGAUCGCUGUGAGAGCAUCAGAUCGACGUACAGGCCACGUCAAAACUUUUGAAUAUCGACCUCUUCACAAUAACAAACGGCUAAACCUGAUUUUGACGGUUGCCGGAUGGAUGAAUGGUAAGGUCGAUGAUGUACGAUUACCGUACAGCACCAUUGACCCAGUCAUGGGCGACAUAUACUCCUUGCUUUGGGAACCUGAAAUGCUUCGGUCGAUGGGAGAGACUAUCAACAUCCUGGCAACUGAGGCACUGACGCAGACAAUUCAACAAGUACUAGGAAGCACCAUCCUAAUCACUCUGAUGGCCUCGAUACAACUUCCUAUCAUACUCUCCAAAUUAGCCUACCUGAUCGACAAUCCUUGGAGUGUCUCCUUGGACAGGGCGAAUGCGGCAGGUCUCAUCCUUGCAGACUCUCUGAUUGACAGGCAUUUGGGACAGAGGCCGAUUACCCUGGUGGGAUUCUCUCUGGGUUCCCGAGUCAUCUUUUCCUGCUUGAAGGAAUUGUCGAGACGAGGAGCUUACGGCAUAGUCCAGAAUGUAUAUCUAUUUGGUUCGCCGAUCGUGGCCAAAAAGGAAGAGUAUCUCAGAGCUCGGUCUGUGGUAUCGGGCAGGUUUCUCAAUGGCUAUGCGUCCAAUGAUUGGAUCCUAGGUUAUCUAUUUCGCGCAACCGCUGGUGGGAUCAUGCGUGUUGCAGGGCUUGCUGCUGUUGAAGACGUUCCAGGCAUUGAAAACGUCGAUGUUAGCAGCAUGGUAAAUGGCCAUAUGGCUUAUCGUGCUGCUAUGCCUCGUCUAAUGCGCGAGGUCGGUUGGGAAGUGGAGAGCGACGAAUUCACCGAAAUUGAGGAUCCAGAUCCAGAAAACCACGCAAAGCGACAGCGAGAGCUCAUUCAAGAAAUCGACGAGGCACGUAGAAAGGCCGAAGAGAAGCCCGACAAGACAAGGUUUGGUUUUUUCAAGCGUGGCAAGUUGGCAGAGAAGAAAGGCUGGGAAACGUAUGACGCCAACGCGACCCAUCAUCGGCGCAGUACAGAUACGUCCCAACAGCCUGGCAAUGAAGGCGAUGGAAACAUUCUGUUCGAUAUCGACGCUAUUCGGAAAGAGCUAGAAAGUGAAAUGAUCGAAGUGCGAGAGCUAGACAGCACGUUGCCUCCCAUGCAGAUUACGACCAUUCAGAACGGAGAGAAACAUGUCGAGUAUCUCCGGCUGCCCCCUAACAUGAAACCGGAAGAAGUCGCUCGAAUGAACUUGCCACCUCGACCAGACGAAAUUGAUGUGCAUUUCCCUCAGCCUCUGCCAGUGAGACCAGCUCGCGUCUCGUCACUUCGCCCAUCGGCACAAUCCAGCCCUCAAAGGUCUCCAUGGUCCAGCCCCCAGCGUUCUCCUCAGCGUUCUCCCCAGCCCUCUCCGGGCCUAGAUGGGAGGACGUCCUUCGCGUAUUCGGAGCCCAGAGAACUGGUCAGCACUCUGCCACCAUUAACGCUCUCCCCUAGCUUAAACAGGCCCGAAAGCCACAGUGCACCGUCAAUUACGCGGCCAGAGUCGAAACAGCAUGCAACCGAGCCUUCAACCUCAGAGUGGAAUCGUUUCUCAAAUCCUUCAACAGAGGGCUUGAGCUCGCCCACGAUCGACCUGGAUCUCGAGCGAAAUGCUUGGGCCGACGACAAGGAUCCAUCUGAUCACGAUCGUGGGGGAAUCAGUAUGACCUUCGAAUGA